AUGACUAUCUUUCCGUUUUUGGAAGGAAAGCCUCUCGUAUGGGAUUCAACAUGUUCCGACUCCUUGUCCAAGACAAACAUGUUGGAAAAUGCCUUCAAUGCCGGCACAGCUGCGGAUAAAGCAGAGGACAUCAAGAAGAAGAAAUAUAAUGUCACAAACUUGCAAAAUUCGGGGGUGAUCGAGAGGACUAAUAUUUGUUAUAAACGAGAGGAUAGUAUUAGCUCUCGGGACCAUAGUUUUGACACGAUUCUUAACGAUCGCAAAUUCUUCAGUUGUCAAAUGGGGGUGAAAACGCAUCCUUUUCCUCAGUCGCAUCAAAAUCUCGUCGUGUCUCUGUUUGUUCGUUAUGUGUCUCGAGGUUUCCUGAGGCAAGAACUUUUGGCAUUAUUGCCUCUAAAGGGUCAAACCCGUGGUGAAGAUCUUGUUGGCGCAGUCGUAGAAUAUUUUGAAACGAAUUAUAUUCCUCUUAAUAAAAUCGUUUCAAUUUCAACUGACGGUGCUGAAAGCAUGCUGGGAUCGAGAAAGGGAUUUAUAACUUUAAUUAAAAUAAGAAUUGAUCAUGAAGUGAUUACUCUACAUUGUAUUAUCCACCAAGAAGCACUAUCUGCGCAAACGUUUAAGGAUUUUAGAAAAGAAAAAGCAACACUAUCGUUCGUUAUAAACCCUCUACGUGCUAAAGUCAGCAAUUUAAAUUUAUUGCCAUUUGAAAUCAACGCAGCUGAGUUCGAAAUGCAGCUAUUGGACUUGACAUGUAAGGAAUUAUGGGCAUCAAAAUUUAUUCGCCUUUCAGAAUUACUUGAAACCUUGGAACAGAAACAUUGUCUGGUUUCUUCUCUUUUAAAGAAUUUAGUCUAUGAAUCUCGCAGAGAUGAAGUUAUGAUUGUGCUCAGGUCUUGUCCACAAUGUCUUGCUAGACGACUUAGGAAACUCGAUCGAGUAUAA